UCUACAUCUUCUACUCUUCCUUCUCUGUCUAUGCUCUGUUCUGUUCCACCAUGUCUUCGAUUAUGAGUUCGCAGGGAAUGGUUUUAGCAACGGCCAUGGCGGUUUCAGGUACUGUAAUUCUCCUCGCUUUCUGCCGUCAAAAGCCUCUCUCAACUAACCAGUUCAGCGUUGAUCAGAAUUCCAACUCUUCACGGGGAAUUUUACGAUCCUGCAUCUCUUCCGAUGGUAAGAAGAGAGAUAAGAAGAAGAAAAAGGUUCAUUUCGCAGCUGAUGUGGUAGAUCCGAUUGGAAAUGGUGAGAAUUUCAGGAAGGAGCAUAACAAGAAGUCAAUGAUGUCAAAUCGAAUUUGCAGGUCUCAGAGCUACAGGGUUCAGGAAAUGUCUUCAAAUCGAAUGGCUCUGUACAAUGGAAUUCUCAGGGAUCGUGUGCAAACACAAAGGAUGACCUGCUCCUACUAGAUCUCUAUUCAAUUUUAGUUCAUCUUGUGAUUAGUAUCUCUGAUUAUAGUUUUCUUAACAAAGUUUUGUAAAAAAA